CAAAUGCAGCUGCGCCAUUUCUCCUUUGUCCAUUGAAGGGGGAAAGACGACUUGCAACGAAAAGACAGCCAGGGGGCUUUGCAACUUGGUCGUUUACGCCACAGUCGGAUGGUGCUGUUAUCUUCUUAGCUGCAGGUUCCACUAAGCUAAAGGAAGCUAACGAUCCUAGCAAGACUUCGCUGGUUAAUCUAGCCGCGCUAGUGCCUUAUGAGCCAAGCGAAUGCUAAUAAGAGCACAUCUGAGUCCACCAUAGAGUCUAGCCCAGAAGAGAAGAAAAUCAAAAUGGAAGAUACUAAAUACCUCCCGGAGCUUCUGGCGGAAAAGGACAGCUUGGAUUCAUCGUUCACGCACGCCAUGAAACUUAUAUCCGCAGAGAUUGAGAGGAUCCAGAAAGGUGAAAUCAAGAAAGAGCCAGAGAAGGAGACGUAUCUGGACCUCUUUGCUACUAAGAACCUGAAACUCAAAGAGCGAGUACUCAUUCCUACCAAGCAGUAUCCGAGGGUCAACUUUGUUGGUAAGCUUUUGGGACCUCAGGGCAGCACGAUCAAGAGACUUCAGGAAGAGACCGGUGCCAAGAUUUCAGUUCUGGGUAAAGGUUCCAUGAGGGACAAGAAUAAGGAGGAAGAGCUGAGGAAGGGUGGUGAGGCCAAAUAUGCUCACCUGGCCAUGGAGCUGCAUGUGUUCAUUGAGGUGAUGGCACCCAUACCAGAAGCCUAUCUGCGCAUGGCUCAUGCCAUGGAGGAGGUCAAGAAGUUCCUUAUCCCCGAGCCUGGUGAACAUGACCCAUACAUGGAUCCUCACUUCCUGAAUGGAUCCCAGGAUGGGUCAGGCAGGGGGCGAGGUGGUCACCUAGGAAGGGGUAGAGGCGGACCACCUGGUGCUGGAGGACCAAGGGGGCGAGGAAUGCCACGGGGGGGCCCUCGAGGUGCGAUGCGUGGUGGAGCUCCACGAGGAGGACUAGGACGGGGCAGCGCACCUAGAGGUGCACCAUCUGGAAGGGGUGGUCUGCCUUCUGGUCAAAACAGAGGAGGCUCAGCUGCCCGCUCUAGACCCCCUACAGCAGGCGCUCCAAGGAUGCUCCCCUCUGCAGCCAUGUCCCACCAGCAACACCAGGGUCCUUCUUCUGCAUCACAGCCCAAAGCUGAUGCCUAUGAGGACUAUCCUCCAUAUGAAGAAUCGUAUGCAGAACCUGCCUAUGAGGGAUACGAUAGUUACUACAGUCAGCAAUCUGCACCUGCGGAUACUGAAUAUUAUGACUACGGACACGGAGAGGCCCAAGAAACAUCAUAUGAGCCUUAUGCUCAAGACGACUGGGGGGACAACUCAUGGUCCAACUCCGGGGCUGGAGGCAAAGCCCCAAUGUCCAGGCAGGCAAAGGGAUCGUACAGAGAGCAUCCAUAUGGCAGAUACUGAACGGCUACUGGUAGAGAGUUGCUAUGGCAACUGUCUCAGAUUGUAACUCUCUGAACUUUUCACAAGUAAUUUCCCUCUCGUCUGCUCCUUUUUUUAUGGUUUAUUUUAUUUUUUGUUUUUAAACUCGGUAGAGACGUUUUUUUGGAUGUAACAUAGAGUGCCAGAGGAGAAACGUGAACAUAAGGUUUUUCAUUGUUUACCUGUUUCCAUUUAAUGUUUGUUUCAGUUGCGUAGUUGGCAGGUCCUAGUCCUGGUCCUAGUGACAUAAACUUAACAAAGGAACAAGAGUUUAGUGAUAUUUGAUGGUUAUAGUUUCAGUUAACUGUUCCUGAACAAAAUGUGGUUGUGGCGACAAACUCCUCUCACCUAGGCUGCAUUUUUAAAAGUCCUUCACGACUGGACAAAAAUUAUUCAUAAUGCCUCAAUGUAACUUCACUAUAACUAGAAUAGACUUAGUUGCAAACUCAAAUACGGCCCUGAGUCGUUUUGAUUAAAAACAAAAGUCUCAUCACAUAUUUGUUUAUACUACAAUACAAAUCUAGUCUUGUGAAGUUAUAGAAUCUCCUAAAAUACGAUUGUCAAAGAGAAAUGCUUCUAUUUUUGCCACCAUUUACAAUUGAUAUAUUAAGAUCUGUCGAACUAUUACUUCCGAAAUCGAUUAUGAUCGACCAAUUCUUGUAACGCUUGAAGGAUUAAUGAUCCUUACUGUGUGUAAGAAAGGCUGCAGCCAACUCCAAUAUUUUGUACAUAAUCUUAGGACAACUGUGUAUGCUUUAAGCCGUGUCGUCUCCAAAAUGCAUAAUGCUUGUGUACUUUUGGCUAAAUAGGAUACUAAAUAUAUCCCAAAAUGUUUUUCUGCAGUGCGUGUUUCAAUAAAGUUUCUAGUUUCUUUUUAAUCAAUCUAAACAUGGUAUUUUGCCUUUGUUGUACCAAAGGAAAGCCUUCAGUUUGUGAAAGUGGUCCUCAGUGGUUUCUCAACAACGGUGAAUAAGCUGUAUGUAUACACGUCAGCCUGACAAAAGGAAAAAAAAAAAAAACAAAAGCAGUGUUUUCACAAUGAGCUUAUCCUCUU